AUGGCGCUGAGCAAAGGGCUGCGGCUGCUCGGGCGGCUGGACGCCUCCGGGGAGUGGAGCGUCCUGCUGGAGGCGCGCGGCCGCGGGGACUGCCUGCUCUUCGAAGCCGGCACGGUGGCCACGCUCGUUUCUAUCUCAGCUCCGGAAGAGAAGGAGGUCAUUAAAGGCCAGUAUGGAAAACUCACGGACGCUUAUGGCUGCUUGGGGGAGCUCAGGGUAAGAUCUGGCGCCGCUUCCCUGAGCUUCCUGGUUCUGGUGACAGGCUGCACGUCCGUGGGCAGAAUUCCAGAGGCCGAAAUCUACAAAAUCACCGCCACAGACUUUUACCCCCUGCAGGAGGAGGCCAAAGAGGAAGACCGCCUCACGGCCUUGAGGAAGAUCCUCAACUCAGGGGUCUUCUACUUCUCGUGGCCCAGUGACGGGUCCAGCUUCGACCUCACCGUCCGGGCACAGAAGCAGGGCCGCGACAGCUAUGAGUGGGGGAGCUCCUUCUUUUGGAACCAGCUGCUGCACGUGCCCCUGAGGCAGCACCAGGUGAGCUGCUGCGACUGGCUGCUGAAGGUCAUCUGCGGCGUGGUGUCCAUCCGCACGGUGUACGCCUCGCACAAGCAGGCCAAGGCCUGCCUCAUCUCCCGCAUCAGCUGCGAGCGCGCCGGCGCUCGCUUCCACACCCGCGGCGUGAACGACGAUGGCCAUGUGUCCAACUUCGUGGAGACUGAACAGACAAUUUACAUGGAUGACGGAGUGUCGUCUUUUGUCCAGAUCAGAGGCUCCGUUCCACUGUUUUGGGAACAGCCUGGGCUUCAGGUUGGCUCUCAUCAUCUGAGACUCAACAGAGGCCUAGAAGCCAACGCCCCUGCUUUCGACAGGCAUAUGGUGCUUCUGAAGGAGCAGUAUGGGAAGCAAGUGGUCGUAAACCUGCUAGGGAGCAGAGGCGGAGAGGAGGUGCUCAACAGAGCCUUCAAGAAGCUGCUCUGGGCCUCUUGCCACGCCGGUGACACACCUAUGAUCAACUUCGACUUCCAUCAGUUUGCCAAAGGUGGGAAGCUAGAGAAAUUGGAGAACCUGUUGAGGCCCCAGUUGAAGCUGCACUGGGAUGACUUGGACGUGUUCGCCAAGGGCGAGAAUGUAAGUCCACGUUUUCAGAAAGGCACUUUGCGGAUGAACUGCCUUGAUUGCCUGGACCGAACCAACACAGUGCAGAGCUUCAUCGCACUCGAGGUCCUUCAUCUGCAGCUCAAGAGCCUAGGGCUGAAUUCAAAGCCCAUCGCUGACCGCUUUGUGGAGUCCUUCAAAGCCAUGUGGUCUCUGAACGGGCACAGCCUGAGUAAGAUGUUCACGGGCAGCCGGGCCCUGGAAGGGAAGGCCAAGGUAGGGAAGCUGAAGGAUGGGGCCCGGUCCGUGUCUCGCACUAUCCAGUCCAACUUCUUUGAUGGGGUGAAGCAGGAGGCCAUCAAGCUGCUGCUAGUUGGGGAUGUCUACACCGAGGAGUCUGCAGACAAAGGAAGGAUGCUCCUGGAUAACACGGCCCUGCUGGUGACGCCCAGGAUCCUGAGAGCCAUGGCAGAGCGCCAGUCGGAAUUCACGCAUUUCAAGCGGAUCCGCAUCGCCACGGGGACCUGGAACGUGAACGGAGGCAAGCAGUUCAGGAGCAACCUCCUUGGCACGGCCGAGCUGGCCGACUGGCUGCUCGACUCCCCGAAGCGCGCCGGCCUCGCGGGACCCCAGGAUGAGGACAGCCCAGCUGACAUAUUUGCCGUGGGGUUUGAAGAGAUGGUGGAGCUGAGUGCAGGGAAUAUCGUCAAUGCCAGUACCACCAACAGGAAGAUGUGGGGUGAGCAGCUCCAGAAAGCCAUCUCACGCUCUCAUAGGUACAUUCUGUUGACUUCGGCACAGCUGGUGGGCGUCUGUCUGUAUAUCUUUGUACGUCCAUACCAUGUCCCAUUCAUCAGGGACGUGGCCAUGGACACGGUGAAGACUGGCAUGGGGGGAAAGGCAGGGAACAAAGGGGCCGUGGGCAUCCGCUUUCAGUUCCACAGCACCAGCUUCUGCUUCGUGUGCAGCCACCUGACGGCCGGGCAGUCCCAGGUGAAGGAGAGGAACGAAGACUACAGGGAGAUCACCCAGAAGCUGAGUUUCCCGAUGGGAAGGCAUAUUUUUUCCCACGAUUACGUGUUUUGGUGCGGCGAUUUCAACUACCGCAUCGAUCUCACUUAUGAGGAAGUCUUCUAUUUUGUCAAACGCCAAGACUGGAAGAAACUUCUGGAAUUUGAUCAGCUGCAGCUACAGAAAUCAAGUGGGAAAAUUUUUAAAGACUUUCAUGAAGGCGCCAUUAAUUUUGGACCUACCUACAAAUAUGACGUUGGCUCGGCCGCCUACGACACAAGUGACAAAUGCCGCACCCCUGCCUGGACAGACAGGGUCCUGUGGUGGAGGAAGAGGCACUCUUUUGACAGGACAGCUGGAGAACUCAACCUUCUAGACAACUAUGUAGAUGCUGACAGCACCGUCAGACAUUCCUGGUCUCCUGGUGCCCUCCAGUAUUACGGCCGAGCUGAACUGCAAGCAUCUGAUCACAGACCUGUGCUGGCGAUCGUGGAGGUGGAGGUUCAAGAAGUCGAUGUGGGUGCUCGGGAGAUGGUGUUUCGGGAAGUGUCUUCUUUCCAGGGCCCCCUGGAUGCCACCGUCGUGGUCAACCUUCAGUCACCGACCUUAGAAGAGAAAAACGAGUUUCCUGAAGAUGUGCGCACAGAACUCAUGCAGACCCUGGGCAAUUACGGGACCAUCGUUCUUGUCAGGAUCAACCAAGGGCAGAUGCUGGUGACUUUUGCAGACAGUCACUCGGCUCUCAGCGUCCUGGAUGUGGACGGUAUGAAGGUGAAAGGCAGAGCCGUGAAGAUCAGACCAAAGACCAAGGACUGGCUGAAAGGUUUGCAAGAGGAGAUCAUCCGAAAGCGGGAUAGCAUGGCCUCCAUGUCCCCCACUGCCAAUUCCUGUUUGCUGGAGGAAAACUUUGACUUUACAACUCUGGAUUAUGAGUCAGAGGGGGAUAUUCUCGAAGAUGACGAAGACUAUUUGGUGGAUGAGCUAAGUCAGCCUGUGGUCUCAGACGGUGAGAUGGGCGGGGACAGCCUCUCCGAAGCCCCCAGCUCCACAGCAGCGGUGCCUGCCAGCAAGUCACCUACGCUCACUAAAAAGAAGCAGCACUCGACCUACAAAGAUGAUGCUGAGCUGGUGGCGCGAAAGCGGGAGCCGGAAGCAGUUGGAGAUUUCCGGCACCGUUCUCCAAGCAGGUCUCUGUCGGUUCCCACUAGGCCUCGGCCACCUCACCCACCGCAGAGACCCCCCCCUCCAACUGGUUUAAUGGUGAAAAAGUCGGCGUCAGAUGUGUCCAUCUCCUCUGGCAUCCACGGGCAGUACUCGAUUUUGCAGACGGCAAAACUUCUGCCGGGAGCACCCCAGCAGGCGCCCAAAGCCAGGAUGGGGAUAAGUAAACCCUACAAUGUCAAGCAGAUCAAAACUACCAAUGCUCAGGAGGCAGAAGCUGCCAUCCGAUGUCUCCUGGAAGCCAGAGGAGGUGCCCCAGGAGAUGCCCUAAAUGCCACAUCCCUGAGGGACCCAGAGGCUUCCAAACCAGAGCCCACGGCAGGGGUGGCCCCGCCCCUGCCCCGGCGGUCUGCGCCCAGAGUCCCCGCCAUCAGGAAGCCAACCUUGCAGAGGACUGGAAAGCCAGAGUCACCGGAAGACCAGUUUGGGCAACAGACGGUCCACUUUAUGAUCGGGCCCCCAGAGACAAGCCUUGAAACCCCCCCUCUAGCAGCCGUUCCUCCCGUUCCCAAACCGAGAACACUUCAGCCUGGGAAGGGUACCGAGAGGAAGCCGAGCGGGGGCCCGCCAGCACCAGACGGUGCCCCUCCCGUGGCCGCCCCGCCGCCCCCGCUGGAGGUUCCGCCGCCCGCGCCCCAGGCGCCCCCGAGGAGGAAGAAGUCGGCCCCCGCCGCCUUCCACCUGCAGGUGCUGCAGAGCUGCGACCGCCGGCUCCUCGCGGCCCUCCCCUGCAGCGGCAGCGACCGUCCGCCCGCACACCCACCCGCCGGGGGCGCUCUCCUUCCACAAGCCGCUGGCCUCGGCGCUUCAUGCGCGGCAAGCCCCGCAGCCCCCGGCGCCGAGCAGCCCAAGUCCGAGGUGGCCUCCCUUCUUGGUGAUUUUCAGGAUCCCUUCUGGAGCCUUCUCCACCACCCGAGCCUGUUGAAGAAUGCCUGGCUCUCCAAGAGCUCCGACCCGCUGGACUCGGGGACCAGGGGCCUGGAAAGAGCGCGCACAGCCCCGCUGCAGGGCUCUGCCUCGGCUGCCCAGGGGCUGCCGCCGGGGCGCGCGCCGGAGGACUUGGAUCGCUGCCCGACCGGCGGUGAGCAGGCCGACAGGACGGUGCUGCAGGUGUUUGACCCGCUGGCGAAAACAUGAGCAGGAAGCUUGGGCAGCCGCUCUCCUGCAGAAAGUGUGCCUUCUUCCCUCAGGCGUCCCUUCUCAGGGAAAGCCCGGAGCCUCGGCCUCCGCCCGCCCUCACCCCUGCUAAAGAGACCACUAUUUAAAGGCGCACUGAAAAAACAUUUGGACUUUCCUCACUCGUGUGUACUUCGCAGAAAUUGUGUCUCUUAUUCAAUAAGAUGAUUAUUCAGCCACCAAGACCGGUUUCUUCGUCCACACUCGUGCAUUUUAGUUUCCCCUCAGGGGUCGGAGAAACUUCUGGUUAGAUUCGAUGUGUGGGUUUGAGGACAGGGCAUCUGGCUGAUAAUGUCCAAGAAGUUCUCCUCCGGUUGGAUUUUCCGUGGUUGUUUUUUUUUUUCUUUGGUGGUUUUUUUGUUUUGUUUUGUUUUUUCCGAUUCAUGUGUGUCUGUGGUGUUUUUAAAAUGUUGUUUGUGCUUUACAGAUUUGGGAUAACUUUCUGGCGAUCCACCUGAAGGGUGAUGUAUCAGCUCAAAGGUGGUUGGGACCAUUAAGAGCUGUACCUGGCCUGCUGACCCCAGGUUUAAAAAAAAAAAAAAAAA